AUCUUUCUCUCUCUCUCCCUCUCACUCUCAUCGCAAAGACCCAGUUUUCGUUUCCUGCUCUUCCUCGCCAUCAAUCCAAUCAGCCCCACUAGGUGCAGGAGGAGGAGGAUCAAGAAUCUGUAGCAGGAGAGGACAGAUGGAUGCGAGUGGGAUCAGAGGCACCAACCAGAGCGGCGACAGCCAGGAAGAUGAUCAGCAGGCGAUGAUGGAGGAUCUGAGGAGGGGUCCGUGGACUGUGGAGGAGGACCUCACCCUCAUCAAUUACAUUGCCAACCACGGCGACGGCCGCUGGAACUCGCUCGCCCGCAGCGCAGGUUUGAAACGGACCGGAAAGAGUUGCCGACUGCGGUGGCUGAACUAUCUCCGCCCCGACGUUCGGCGCGGGAACAUAAGCCUCGAAGAGCAACUGUUGAUUCUCGAACUCCAUUCUCGUUGGGGCAAUCGAUGGUCGAAGAUCGCGCAACACUUGCCGGGCAGGACAGACAACGAGAUCAAGAACUACUGGAGAACCCGGGUGCAGAAGCACGCGAAGCAGCUCAAAUGCGAUGUCAACAGCAAGCAAUUCAAGGACGCCAUGCGCUACCUGUGGAUGCCGAGGCUGGUCGAGAGGAUUCAAGCCGCCUCCGGCUCUGUCUCGACUGCUGCCACCGCCUCCGCCAUGGCAGCCCCCGCCACAAUGGUCACCGCCACGACGAACAUCGGCAACAUGGUUUUCCCACCGACCCUGGCGGGUAUGGGUGGCAAUUACGGGGGCGUGCACGUGAAUGUGACACAGAGUUACAGCACCCCGGAGAACUCCUGCACGACAACAUCUUCGGACUCCUUCGGCGCGCAGGUUUCGCCCGUCUCAGACCUGACCGAGUAUUACCCCAUCCCGGUUGGCGACAACCCGAACCCGGAUUAUUACCAGCCUAAUAAUGGCCAAGGAUGUUACCAGGAGUCAUCUCUUACUAGUCCUUGUGGAUACUUCAACUAUGGAUUGGACUUCCAACCAUGCAUGGAUCAGAACAACACUCAGUGGUUGGAUGAUGGGGACACAUCGGACAACUUGUGGAAUAUGGAGGAUGUUUGGUACCCAGAGCAGCAGCCAGCUUCUAUCAACAAUAACUUCUGAGAAGACGAAAUGGAAAUUUAUAAAAUAAAAAUUUAAAAAAAUAGGAGGGCGAAAGCGAGGUUCGAUUGUAAACAGGAAAUUGUGAAGAAAAUAGGGUUUCGCUCAGCAUGAAAAAUAUAACUUUGUUGAGCGAAAAAAGAACAGAUUGUAGCGUCCCGUUAUAAUUUCGUAGGGAGUCUAAUUUUGUAUCUUUCCGUUCGUCUUUUCUUCGUUUGAUUUCUUCUUUGAUUGGGGGGCCAACUUGUAACUCGGGGGCUUAUUUUCGCUUAAUCUAUUUAUUUCUUCUCGA